AGCGAUUUCGGCUCUUUGCCGAAGGUCAGAAGGGUUGGUUGCUGAAAUGGCCAAGACGAUCGCCCUGCUGCUAUGUCUGCAAACGGUGCAGGCAGAUCCCUGCGCAGGUUUGUAUGGUGCUGAGGGUUUGACCUGCGCAUGGGGUGAGGAUGUGAAGACUUGCAUGGCAGAGAGUUGCAAGGGCUGCGGUGGCGAGCAGUGCUCGCUUUGCCAGCAGGAUGCAUCCCGCAUUGAGACUUGCUGCGAGCAGCACUGGCACUCGACCGCUCCUCCUGAGAUGUGUCAACAAUCUGACGAGGAAAAGGUGAAGGCGUGUGUGGAAGAGAAGUGCCGAGGCUGUGGGGGGGAGCAGUGCACGCUGUGCAUGCAAGACGCGCAAGCAGCAUGCGAGGCAUCCAACCGGAAGAGCCUACCGAAGAAGAAAGCUUCGGAUGCUUGUGCAGGUUUGUAUGGUGCUGAGGGUUUGACCUGCGCAUGGGGUGAGGAUGUGAAGACUUGCAUGGCAGAGAGUUGCAAGGGCUGCGGUGGCGAGCAGUGCUCGCUUUGCCAGCAGGAUGCAUCCCGCAUUGAGACUUGCUGCGAGCAGCACUGGCACUCGACCGCUCCUCCUGAGAUGUGUCAGAAAUCUGACGAGGAAAAGGUGAAGGUGUGUGUGGAAGAGAAGUGCCGAGGCUGUGGGGGGGAGCAGUGCACGCUGUGCAUGCAAGACGCGCAAGCAGCAUGCGAGGCAUCCAACCGGAAGAGCCUACCGAAGAAGAAAGCUUCGGAUGCUUGUGCAGGUUUGUAUGGUGCUGAGGGUUUGACCUGCGCAUGGGGUGAGGAUGUGAAGACUUGCAUGGCAGAGAGUUGCAAGGGCUGCGGUGGCGAGCAGUGCUCUCUUUGCGAGCAGGAUGCAUCCCGCAUUGAGACUUGCUGCGAGCAGCACUGGCACUCGACCGCUCCUCCUGAGAUGUGUCAACAAUCUGACGAGGAAAAGGUGAAGGCGUGUGUGGAAGAGAAGUGCCGAGGCUGUGGGGGGGAGCAGUGCACGCUGUGCAUGCAAGACGCGCAAGCAGCAUGCGAGGCAUCCAACCGGAAGAGCCUACCGAAGAAGAAAGCUUCGGAUGCUUGUGCAGGUUUGUAUGGUGCUGAGGGUUUGACCUGCGCAUGGGGUGAGGAUGUGAAGACUUGCAUGGCAGAGAGUUGCAAGGGCUGCGGUGGCGAGCAGUGCUCUCUUUGCCAGCAGGAUGCAUCCCGCAUUGAGACUUGCUGCGAGCAGCACUGGCACUCGACCGCUCCUCCUGAGAUGUGUCAGAAAUCUGACGAGGAAAAGGUGAAGGCGUGUGUGGAAGAGAAGUGCCGAGGCUGUGGGGGGGAGCAGUGCACGCUGUGCAUGCAAGACGCGCAAGCAGCAUGCGAGGCAUCCAACCGGAAGACUGCGGCAAUCCUUCCAUAAGUGAGGAUUUCGCCAGGAAUCGCUUGUUAUAUUCCCUGCAACUUUUGGGGCUGUCAAGGCACAGCCCAGCCAAAUUCAUGGAUGUGCCUAGAGAGCUUUAGACAGCUGACGCUGCGGACAUGUUAGUUUGCGCCAAACAAAGCUGCCAUGGACUGUGACUUGAAUGGUUUUGCUCCUCUGAUUAUGUACUUUUGCUCCUUUGAUCGAUUUUGAGCCAAGGGAUUUGUUUUAAACUUUUUGUACCGCUUUCCCUUGGUCGAUCAUAUAUUGUGGACAUUUAGAUUCCGGCAUGACCAGUCGCAGUACUAGUUCGCUUUCAUUUGUCG